AUGCCUUCAGUCCCAGUCCGGACUGUUUAUCUUUACGUUAAAAUGAGUAACAUUUAUAUUCAAGAACCGGCUACAAACGGCAAGGUUAUAUUAACAACAACUGUGGGUGAAAUUGAAAUAGAAUUAUGGUCUAGAGAAUGUCCAAUUGCUUGUCGAAAUUUUGUUCAAUUGUGUUUGGAUGGGUAUUAUGAUGGCACUGUAUUUCAUCGUGUUGUACCCUCAUUCAUUGUUCAAGGUGGAGAUCCAACUGGUACGGGAGACGGAGGAGAAGCGGCUGCCGGAAAACCUUUUCAGGAUGAAUUUCAUACACGAUUGAGAUACAAUCGUCGAGGACUUGUUGGUAUGGUCAAUAGUGGUCCAAAUACGAAUGGUAGUCAAUUUUUUUUCACAAUGGGACCAACAACCGAACUUGAAAAAAAAAAUACAUUAUUUGGAAAAGUGGUCGGAAAUACACUGUUUAAUAUGUUGAAACUUGAAGAAGGAGAAAUUGAAGAUGAAAAACCGUUACACAAACAAAAAGUUCUUCAUACUGAAGUUAUAUCAAAUCCAUUUGAUAAUAUGGUAGCAAAUCCUCGUUCACAAACGUUAUUGAAAACAGAUGAACAAAAAGACAAGUCUGUUGUAUCAGCAAAAGCUAUCAAAAAUUUUGGUUUGCUAUCAUUCGGAAAUGAAGCUGAAGAAGAUGAAGAAGAAAUAAAUCAGAUAACAACGAAUUUUAAACAAAGAGGCGGUGGAAAGAGUGCACAUGAUUUAAUGAAUGAUCCAACGUUGAGUAAACAAUCAAUUCUUCAUGAUGAAAAUCCAAAUGAAAAUCCAAAUGAAAUUGAGCAAAAAAAAGUUGAUAUAGAUGAUAACGAUACUAACGAACAACUGGAAAUAAUUCGAAACAAAUUAAAAUCAAACGAAAAUUCUAAGAAAAAAAUUAAAGACAAUAAAGAACCUGAAGCUAGUGUUAAAUCAAAUGAUACUGUUAAAAAUGAAAUUCAUCAGAUAAGAAAAGAAUUAAAACAAGCCAAAAAACAACCAGUCGUAGUAAAUCCGACAAAUAUCGUGGAGACGCCUAAUAUUAUUGAAGCAAUAGAAACAUUUUUAAUUCAUGUCAAAGUGUUAUUAUCAAAUAAAUUGACCAUGCGUUUAUGUUUUUAG